CCGUGUGACUGUUUCCCAGCAGAUAAGGCGACGGGUUGGACAAACACAACAGCAUUUAAACCACGGACAAGAAUAACAAACAGUGAGGGUUGAGGGAGGAUCUCUUACAGAGGACCUUGGUGACGCAGUCUCAUGUUUGUUGGAGUCCCUGGCUAAUGCCACGGACAAAGUAAGACGAUAUCGUGAUCAAUAGCAGGAGAAGUGGUGGGACGUAUUGACAAACGGCGUGCUGUUCACGGGCUUCCAUACUAAAGUUUAUUACCGGAAUGAAAUCAAACAGAUUCUUUAAGUGACUUUCAUUACACGAGAUAAUGGCCACUAUUGUGUACAACAUAUCAAACCACAGCACCGAGUCGUCACCUACAGCAGUGGAAAUCAACCGAUGGGAUGAUCUCUCCUCAGUACUGCGUGCUUACGUUCCAUUUGCCCUUGAUAUUGACAAAUAUGUUACCCCUGUGUGGUGUGCCAUAGGAAUAAUUGGAAACAUUGUUUCAGCUAAGGUGUGGCUUCUCCGUCGAAUGCGUAAAUGCAACACCUCAGCAUCAUACCUGACAGCCCUGGCCAUUGCAGACAUAACAUUUCUUAUUUUACACAUAUUUUACGAACUUCAAUAUCCAUGGCAACGUGGCGCUCUAGAUUUACAAGGAUGGUGCCAAGUUUGGAACGUUAUGUACAUAGCAACACAAUACAUAUGUAUGCUUCUUGUGUUAGCUUUCACAGUUGAAAGGUUUCUCUCGGUAUGCCAUCCAUUUGAGUGUGAAAGAUUUUCUCGAUCAUCGCGAUCGCCAAAGGUUAUUGUUUUGGUUUUGGCCUCAUCAUUUGCGAUAUCGCUGCCACAGGGAUACUUCUGGCACAUCGGACAGAACACAGAGGAAUGUCAAGUCCGGGAAAAUGACGACUAUCAGCACAGUAGUAAGUUCUACAUAGUAUGGAACUGGACAACGGAGAUGGUAAUGUUCGCUUUGGUACCGAUAAUUGUCCUCAUUCUCAAUAUCUGUGUAUUGAGACAGAUUAAGAGUGUGGGGAAACUCUACAUUAGUGAGUCCGACUACCGAACGGCUAACGUUCGAUGUACUGCAACCACAGUCACACUUCUCUGGAUUUCCUUCUAUCUCAUCUUCACCAAACUCCCAGUCACCAUUGUGUACGCUCUCCAAACCAGUGUCAAACUUGGCAAAUCCAUGCCGCUUGAUGAUAUGGGCAAUGACUGUACUUGGCAGAGCUAUUUCUCCUACUUUGCUAGUAGGAAGAUCGUGGAAGAGAUUGCUCUAUCCCAUCAUGCGUGUAACGUAUUCAUCUACUGUGCCACAAGUCGACAGUUUCGCCGUCACUUUAAGGCCUAUUAUGGAAGUCUUGCCUGUUCAACCACGCAUACAGAUUGUGAACUCGAUGCCCCACAACCGCUCCAAGUGAAGAAGUGAAAAUAAUAGUGUGUUUUUUCUGGACCUUUUUUUAUGGAAAUAUCUCUGGUUCAAGCAACUACACGAUAUGAAGCGUCCAGUGAAGAUAACAUGAUUCUUAAUAUAUGGUGAAAGCCAUACAGCAGUCGAAUAUCUUGCACAAAGAAUACUUCUUGUGACUAUAAGAAUUGUAAGGACAGAAUCGAUUUUGGAAAAUUUCGUUUUUAACUCAAAGGAAUUCAACCUGAUGUAUUCGAGUGAAGAUGGCGUUAAAGCCAUCAACAACAUGUCACUAAACGACCAUCAUUCAGCGUGACAAGAGUAUUGAUUUGUACAUGACGUUGGUUUUCUAUUUACGCAUGAAAUGAGAACAAUAUUAUUCAAGGAGAACUGAAAAAAGAAAUAGAGUUAAUUUCGAAAUACACUUAAUCGGUUAUUGACAUUAUGUUGAAGCAAAAACAUGGCCUUGCUCAUCAGUUCAGACAGAAAUAUAUGAAACAUAAAAAUUGGCAUAUUUAACAGAUAUGAAGAGUAGAUGAAUUAUAACAGUAUAACAGUUGAUAUAUGGCAGCGAAAUGGUAAUGUAUUUGAAAAGAAACAGCAUUUAAACAAUUUGAACUUAAUACUGUAUGCGAGCGAGUUGGGAUAGACGCCGAAUUGAACAGUUAAUGACGAAAGAAUGGCCAAAGUGACGCCAGUCAUUGACCGGCACAAGCGCCGGCACAUGUAUGACGCUGUCAAACAAAUACUCUUUAUGGUGUAUAAGGUCCUCACUAAGAGCCCACACUCCCUUAAAUUCACUGUAAUUGUACAUGUACAAAUUUUAUCAACCAUAUUUAUUUUUAUCCAUUUACGUUGAACCAUUUUAUUCAGAAGAUACAAUAUAUUUUUUUGUUCUAUUUGGAUUCAUAUGGAUCAGAAUAAACAUACUUGGAGAUAUCUGACCUCGAGCUUAAGCAUGUGACCUGGAUCUUAAGAAUGUAUGAGGAGAAAGUCGCAAGACAUGAAAAUCAUUAAUAAAAAAGAACGCAGUCUGCCGUCUAUAUUCAUGUUUGCGCUUAAGCUAUGGCAGGGGAUGCUUUCACAACGUUUGUAAUGCACAUUUGUCUUCUGUGAAUAAAAACACUUUCGCUUCAA